AUGGCAAGUGGUGACGAAAAAGCGAUCGUUUGCGAGGGACACGAUGAACAUCACGACCACGGCGAUGAACAACACGGCCACGGACCCAGAAAUACACACCACGGUCACGGCGAUGCACACCACGGCCAAGGCGAUGCACACCACGGUCACGGCGAUCAACAUGGUCACGGCGAUCCACAUCACGGUAUGGGCAUGAUGGGUCAUGGUUCCUGCUUUCCGUACGGUGGUACACCAUUUAUGUACGGGUACUACGGUCCUUUCCAUCAUACUAUGACAAUGGUACAUCAUCCAUUUGGUUUGAUGUCUGAUGUCGGGCAUGGAAAUCUCCACCGCGGUAUGGGUAUAACGGGACAUCCACCAUGCUGCGGUGAUGACAAGAAGAAAUCAACUGGCGAUGGUGAAGAAGAUCCCCAUCACUCUGGACACGGAGACCCUCAUCACAGUAUGGGAAUGAUGGGACACGGCAUGCAUCCUGCUUUCAUGAUGCCUGGUGGUAUGAUGCACCCACCAUUCAUGAUGGGACAUCCACCUUGCUGUGGUGAUGACAAGAAAAAGUCAACUGGCGAUGGUGAAAAAGAUCCGCAUCACUCUGGACACGGAGACUCUCAUCACGGUAUGGGGAUGAUGGGACACGGCAUGCAUCCUGCUUUCAUGAUGCCUGGUGGGAUGAUGCACCCGCAAUUCAUGAUGGGACAUCCACCUUGCUGCGGUGAUGACAGAAAAAAUCAACUGGCGAUG